AUGUCGAAUCCCCCCGUUUGGAACAACGACGAGCGAGCGCUGUUAGGUGAUCACUGUCCUGAAUAUGUGGCCUCUGGAAGCGACAAGCAAGGGUUCUACACUCGCGUUUGGGCCAUAUAUCUCCACAAAUUCCCUGUGAUGCCUACCGAGGCCAAAAUUGCUGAGAGCAGCGGCGAUGUCAUGAAGGCAUUUCGGCACGUAGGUUGUGCUCAACGUCGUGCGCGGAGGCUCGCGCAAAUGACAUACUGGUUCCAGAAUAACGGCAACCGUGUUGCUGGCGAACGAGCAUCUGGUUUUGGGACUCCCGCCCGCGUUCGAGUGCUCGAUCUGUCAAACAAGGAUAAGAGAAAACUCCAACCAGGCCACGCAUGGCUCCGCCUCUUUUACGAUAAACUGGAGGUGAAGGCAUUGUAUGAUGCGGCAUGGGGGGUAGCGCAUGGGGCUGGGUGGAGCAAGAAGAAAGAGGUUUCUUUCCGUAACAUGUGGGCAGCAGAGCAGCUUGAGAAGGCAGACCCUGAGACGAAGGCACUGGUGGAUGAGUACCAUGAGAAAGGUCACCUGAAGGACGAUGAAGAGCGCUACAUUGACGUCGAGCAUGGUGACGACGAAGACAUGGUUCAUGCGAAACGACUCCAAGAGUAUCUCGACAAUCUCCCCCAUACCCUCAAACACGUCGCAGAAAGCCUUCACAAGCAGACGGGGUGGAACUUUAGUAUAACAUGUGGGGGUCCUUUGCCUCGGGCCCCGAAUGGAGCCGUGAAUACGCUGCACUCCAGCGGAAUGUUUGGCGUUAAGUCUCAACCGGACGCCAGCUUCGACAUCCAUCGCCUCGAAUAUGACAUCAGCUUCGACUUCAACACUGGCCUCAACUUCGUUGCCGGCCUCGAAUACGGCGUCUUCCACCGCUGA